AUGAAGUCCUUUGCGAGCAGAGAGGCAUCGCGCCUUUUUUCCCGGUCAAACCUCGCCCAGCGAACGUCAAUUGCCGUUCCGAGACAUACAAACAUCCGCAUUCUGGAACAACGAAGAGGGUUUCGGGAAUCGAGAAGACAGCUCGUGGUCAAGCCGUAUCUGCUGGCAGAUAUUGGAGAAGGUAUCACUGAGUGCCAAGUUAUCCAGUGGUUCGUGAAGCCAGGAGCGCGCGUCGAGCAAUUCGACCCCAUAUGCGAAGUGCAAUCAGAUAAGGCAUCUGUAGAGAUCACGUCGCGGUUCGAUGGCGUCAUCAAGAAGCUGUACUAUGAGCCAGAUGACAUGGCCAAGGUUGGCAAGCCCCUAGUGGACAUUGACAUUCAGAGCGAGAUCUCUGCUGCCGACGAAGCCCUACUCAACGGAGGCUCAGGGAAACAAGACGACGAGGCUCUGCUCACCGGGGGCGGAGGCACACCACCAAAGCAAGAAGGAGCCAAGACGACAGAGCCACAAGAGCAGGGAAUCGAGGUUGAUCGCAACGACACCAAGGCCACAAUUGGAGACGUCCCGGUAUCAGAUCAGAGUACGGCUCUACCGUCUGAAUUGUCCCAAGCGGGGUCGUCAGCACCCCAGCAACGGGGCAAAUAUGCAUCGCUUGCCACACCAGCCGUGCGGCAUAUGGUCAAGGAACACAAGCUCAAGAUAGAAGACAUUCAAGGAACGGGCAAGGAAGGCCGUGUGCUCAAAGAAGAUGUUCAGCGGCACAUUGCGGCUGCUAAGGAGACCGCAAAUGCACCAUCAGCGCCGACACCUGUGCCAACACAGCAACUGGAAGACCAGGUCAAGCCACUCACACCGGUACAAGCGGGCAUGUUCAAGCAAAUGACCAAGUCGCUGGCAAUACCGCAUUUCCUCUACACAGAUGCCGUGGAUUUCAGUUCUCUCACAAGCCUGCGUCAGAAGUAUAACAUUGGCCGUGAGAAGCCGGACCGAAUAACACCACUACCAAUCAUCAUCAAGGCUAUCUCACUGGUUUUCCAACAGUUUCCUCUGCUCAACUCUCAUCUGGACACGAGCACUAAUCCAGACAAGCCUCAGGUAAUCCUGAAAGGCAGCCACAAUAUCGGGGUGGCUGUCGACUCGCCUUCUGGAUUGCUUGUGCCGGUUAUCAAGAAUGUACAAAACCACAGCAUUGCUUCGCUAGCUCAAGAAAUUCAACGCUUGAGUUCGCUUGCUCGCUCUGGCAAGCUGACCUCUGCCGACCUUACGGAUGGAACUUUCACCGUGAGCAACAUUGGCAGCAUUGGUGGGGGUGCUGUAGCGCCCGUCAUUGUGGGGCCGCAAGUCGGUAUAGUGGGCAUUGGCAAGGCGAAAGUGGUGCCUGCAUUCGGAGAGAAUGGUGAGCUCAUCAGGAAGGAGGAGUGUGUGUUUAGUUGGAGUGCAGACCACAGGGUAUUGGACGGGGCGUAUGUGGCGAGGGCGGCGGAUGAGGUCAAGAAGUACAUUGAGAGUGUAGAGGGCAUGCUUGUGAGGAUGCGGUAA